UACGGUUCAAACUGGAAACUACCGAGCGCGUCAUAUGCCGCAAAUGUCACCGGUCAACAAUUACAAAAAGACAAACUGAAACCGCUCUCCAUGAAGAAAAUUGUCGUGGCCUUCCAGUGUGGCCCACUGUCAGCACAAAAUGUUUUGAGUCUUCUCAAAUUGGAUGAGCUAUUCGAGAAC